GUGUUUAGGAUUUUUACUUCCUUGAUCUGUGUCUCGUGUAAUCGAGUGAAUACGGUAGGAUGAUUUCAGUUUUCAGUUAAGUUAGUCUGACUUUAACGAUACUGUUACUGCAAACUAAUGACUACAACAACUGUAAUAAUCCAUAAUAACUGUAAAAGCAGAUUAUAUAUCGGCGGUGAGAGUUGUUUGCAGUGUUAAUAUGGCUCUACGCGUAUACGGCGCUUUUCUUCGCUCAACCUGUAGCGGCAAGUUUCCAUCAGUUCAUCAUGCACUCACAUCAGUCCGGUUCAAAAGUUCCUGUCCAGUUCACAUCAGUCACCUGGAUCACCUUGUGCUUACAGUUCGAGACCUGAAUAAAACCACAACAUUUUACUCCACAGUUUUGGGGAUGGAGGUCAUCACUUUUAAGGGAGACCGUAAAGCUUUGAGUUUUGGAGAACAAAAGUUAAACCUGCAUCAGGUUGGAAAAGAGUUUGAGCCUAAAGCCAAAAUCCCAACACCAGGAUCUGCUGAUUUGUGCCUCAUUACCAAAACCCCACUAAUGACUGUUGCUGCCCAUCUCAAGGCGUGUGGAGUGACGAUAGAAGAGGGCCCAGUGGACAGGACCGGGGCUGUGGGUCCCAUCAACUCACUGUAUUUUCGUGACCCUGAUGACAACUUGAUUGAGGUCUCCAAUUACCAAUCAUAGAUGAUUAUUUGAUCCAUAUAAAACACUAUGAUGCUUGAUAAAUAAGUUUAAUAUGCCUCAUUAAAAAUAUAACACUUUCCCGCAGUCUUUUGUAUACUUUAAGUUGUUUUUUUGGCAGGGCAUUUCUUAUGUUCAUCACUUGAAGACUUAAUAUUUCUGAAAGACAUAAAAUGCAAAAAUCCAUUAAACGAUAUGAUACUGUA